AUGGGUUACUUCUGGAGUUACAUCAGAUAUUUCCUCACCCACCCUGUCCUUUUCAUUUACCAAGUCAUACAAUAUGUGCUUGAUUGGGUUCUGUCGCCAACACCGCCACCACCACACCCAAACCUCGUGCGCCCAAAAAUCGCUGUCAUUGGCGCAGGUCUAACAGGAGUGUCUGCUGCAUCGCACAUCGUUGGCCAUGGCUUCGACUGUCGUAUCUUCGAAGCCGGGUCCAAGAAGAAUCUCGGUGGAAUUUGGAGUCGGGUGAACAAUACGUCUGGUCUGCAAAUUCACUCGCUCAUGUACCGGUUCCACCCUUCCGUGCACUGGAGCCAAGGAUACCCGGAUCGCCAGCAAAUUGUUUCACAAAUCACGGAACUCUGGAAACGAUAUGGUCUUGAAAGUAAGACUGAGUUUAACACACGUGUUGAAAAGGUGUACAAAGACCCUCAUGGGCGAUGGAUCAUCAAUGAUCCCUCUCACGGACGGUUCGAUGGUGUAAUAGCUGCAAUUGGUACUUGUGGUGAUCCUAAGAUGCCCACGCUACAUGGCCAAGAGAACUUUAAGGGUGAAAUUUGGCAUAGCUCGCAGCUCGACGGCAAGAACGCUAAAGGCAAGAAGGUUGCUAUUAUAGGCGGCGGUGCCUCCGCAGUUGAAGCUUUGGAAUUCGUAGCCAGCUCAGAAGCAGAGCACACCAACGUCCUCGCCCGGUCAGAGAAAUGGAUCAUCCCACGAAACCCAUUCAUCGAUAGCCUUCUUGCUCUGAACAUCUUCGGCAGCGAGACCAUCUUCAGUUGGAUUCCUGAGUACAUCCUACGACUUUUCUUCUACCGUGACCUCUACGAUAUCUCCCCUGCGCCCAACAGCGGAAAGGGUCUUUUCACUGAAACACCAAUGGUAAAUGACCAAGUGCUAGACCUCGUCCGCUCAGGCAAAGCAUCAUGGCUUCGCGGCGACAUCAUGGGCUAUGAUGAAUCCGGCAAUGGCAUCAAGUUUAACAAGCGUGCUCAAGGGGUUCCUAAGAACGGCCCUGGCUCUGAGAAACUAAUUGAAGCGGAUGUUGUUAUUAUGGCGACGGGAUAUAAGCGUCCAAGCCUAAGUUUCUUACCAGAUGAAGUCUUCAACGAGCCGUACGAGCCACCAAACUGGUACCUCCAAGUCUUUCCACCUGAGCACCCUUCAAUCUGUGCAAACAACUGCACAUAUGUCAACGCUAUUGGCACAGUUGGAAACUACCAUAUCGGCAUCUACACACGCUUCCUGCUCAUGUACCUCGUUGACCCUCUGGCUCGACCGCGCACUUGGUGGAUGAAGCGCUGGAUCGACAUGACGCGGUUCAUCAAGAGCAAAGCUCCUGGUGGGGCUUUCGACUUCUUCACAUAUUCUGAACUGAUCUAUUGGUUCGUUUUUACGAUUGCGAUCAACCCAUUCAGGUGGAAGUGGGCGGCUUUCGUGUUAUGUGGUAUUGGGAAAGGAUUGCCGUUGAGCGUGGUAGAGCAAGAGGAUCGAGCGCGAAACGGCCUGGGCAUGAGACAUAUUUUGAGUAACCACGAUAACGGAGAAGACUAG